AAUAUCGAAUGAGAGCAAAGGUGUCAGAACUCUUUCGAAUUUUGAAACCGUUAUAGCGAGCAUGUUAAUAGGAACAUUCUUUAUUGAAACAAUGUUAUAUUUAUCACUGGAUUUAAAUACUCUUGAAAUGUUGCAGAAUGAGAUGCUAAGAACUGUUUGAAAUUGUUCAGAAUGCAUAAAAUUAUAUUGUAUUUAAAAUAACCUAUGCUAUCAUUAUAAUGGAUCUAAAAGGUUAAUUUGAAUCAGUGGACCAUUGUACCGUUUUGUAAGUCCGGGUCGCCAUUGACCCAAUCACCGUCGAAGGUUAAUUAUUAGUAAUAAAGCAACGAAUGAUUUGAUGCGUCAAGUGCCGCUAUUAGCAUCGUGCAGCAACCACUCUACAGAGGAAGUUUGGACUUGCUUUCAUUUUCUCGCAAUUAAUUCUCAAAAGAUGCUCCACUCUGACAGUCUAAUUCGACGACUACGUCAAAGCUCACAUCGCAGAAUAAUAAAAAAGUGGAAGACUGAAAUGUAUCUCAGAAAAAUGCGAUAGCUAGAAGCAUUUGAUACAACGGAUGCGAGGGAUAUGAUCUAUUAUAGUUAAAGCGAAGAGGAAGCUGCCUGUUAGAAAGAUCUUCAGAGAAAAAUUGCAAGAACUCUUUCAUAGCAAAAGAGGGUAAAAUGGCGAUGAUGGAAGGAAUGUUCCUCCUGAUAAAUGACGUAAACGAAACAGCGAAGCGUGUCAAAUAACAUAGGAUAUCAAUCGAAGUAAUGUUCGUUUAUUGUCGUUCCAAUUUCUGUCUCGUGUCCGCGCAUUCAGCCAACAUUUUAUGCGAUCCGCGAGUCCGUAAGGAUCAGCGUGUCCGUCUCGACUCUCCAUUCGAUUGGAAUAUGGGAUUUGGUGUCACAACGCGCCAAGGAAGUAGUCCGCUUCGUGAAUUAGUAAUCAGGAUGUGUGCUGCGACUGACGAACACAUUUUUCGUGUAGACACUCCGAGGAGGUGGCAAAGAGGAAAUCGAGGGAGAGUAGAAGAGAAGAAGAUAGAAGGCGGAGAUGGAAAGAAGAAAUUGAAGGAAAGAAGGCCGAUGACGAGAUGAAAAAUUGAAAGAGAAAGUAAAAAGGAGAAACAGAGAGAGGAAGAGAGAACAGAUAGAUGCAAGGAAGAAAGGAGAGAGAAACGAUGAAAGAAGAGAGUAAAAGGAUAUUUAAUUAAAUAAAUAAUUAAGGAACAAUUGUAUUUGGCACACGUUAAUGAAGAAAAGAAGAAAAUGGAAAUAAAUAUGAGUUCUAAUGAAAAGGCGCAGGAAAAUUUAUGUGGGCAUGGAUGAAAAAUAAAUGACAAGUGGGGGAUAGAAGAAAAGAGAAAAAGGAGGGAAACGAGAGUAUAAAAUGAAAAUAAAAAAACAAUAGUGAACCCUAGACGUGUGCCCAUUCUGUCUAGUGAUAAACACGACCCUGAUAGUGUUUGACAGUUACACUUGUUCGUCUUUUUAAUGACACUGCUUGCACUUUAACGUCUUAAAAAUUGUUCAAUAUUAAAAAUUUUUAAUUAUUACAAGAACUUAAUUGACAGUUUUGACAAGUUAUACUCGAAUGGUUUAUAAACUAUUUAAUUCUGGUAACAAGUACUGUUGUCAUUAAUUAUACAGAAUAAUACAUUCUUUUGACAGUAUUAACAUUUUAUAGUAUUAAUGGGAUUAUUUACGUUAUAUACAGUUUUAAGUAUAUAUAUUGCAAUUAUAACGGCACAAACAUCUAUAAUGUCUUCGACUUGUAAAAAUCAUGCAUGCCAAAGUCUCUCUGUUUCUUGCAACGACUUCACAAAAGAUUUUUAUAAAGAAUUAUCUGCUACUACUACUGAAAAUAUUGUAAGCUCACCAUUAAGUAUACAUAUGAUAUUAUCUUUACUUUCUCAUGGGGCAGGAGGUGAAACUCUUGAUGAAAUGUUGCAUGGUAUCCGUUACCAUUACAAAGAUUUAAUACAAGAUGCAUAUAAAUCUUUAAUAGCACAAUUAAAUGAGCUGACAGCCAUUAAACUAUAUAUUGCAAAUGCAAUAUGUGUGCAAGAUGGAUUUGAAUUACUACCAGAAUUUUCAAUGGUAGCAACAGAAGCGUAUCAAUCUGAGGUUUUAACAAUGGAUUUUGAAAGCAAAGCAGAUGCAACUAAUGAAAUCAAUCAAUGGAUAAAAACAAAAACAAAUAAUAAAAUAUCCAAUCUUAUAUCUGAGGAUAGUAUUGAUGAUGACAUGAAAUUGAUAAUGAUCAAUGCAAUUUAUUUUAAUGGUAAUUGGUUACAUAAAUUUGAUAAACAAAAUACACAGAAUAGAGUAUUUUAUGUUGCAAAAGACCAAAAAAAAUUUAUACCAACAAUGUUCAAUAAAUCCAAGUAUAAUUAUGGUAAAAUACCAACAUUGCAUGCAAAGUUUAUCGAAAUUCCGUACAUGAAUACGAACAUCGUAAUGACAAUAGUAUUACCUGAUGAAGUUGAUGGCCUUACAAAUUUACAAAGUAAUUUUUCGUGGGAAAUACUUAAAAAUGCAUCUCGUUCCAAUAACGAUGUCGAAUUAUAUCUUCCGAAGUUUAAAAUAGAAUUUACAGUAGACUUGGAAAAUACUUUACGCGCGCUGCGCAUGAAUAAACUGUUUGAAGAUGAUGCAAAUUUUAAUCGCAUUUCAAAGAGACCAUUGAAAGUUAGCAAAAUUUUGCAUAAAGCUAUAAUAGAAGUUAACGAAGCAGGUACUGAAGCUGCAGCCGCAACAGUUAUUAAUAUGAGAGUUCGCCGAAUGAUUGACAUGCCGGAAGAAUUCUUUGUCGAUCGACCUUUUAUGUUCAUAAUUGAACAUAAACAAAAUAACAUACCACUCUUUAUUGGAAGUAUAAAAGAUAUAAAAGCUACACCUCAAAAAGAUGAAUUAUAAAUAAUUAUUUACAAGUUUAUAAAAAAUACUUGCUUUAAGAUAAAUCGCACAUUUUAAAAAUAUAUGCACACAA